AAAUCAGCUGUAGCGAAUAUAGCAAGUUCCAGCAUCACUCUUCGCCACUCCUAAUCCCCUCGAUAAGCUUUUGAUAUUGCAAUGUCGACCACCGCCAGAAUCCAUCCGACGGCCUCCGCUGUGCUCUCCUCCACCACCAAACACCACCUCCGGCCACCUCCCAACGCUGUCGUAUUCAGAACCAAUCCCAACUCCCUGCGGCGCCACGGCACAACAAGAACCCUCACGGUGGCAAUGGCCGCCCCUCUCGACGUUUGUGCCAAGGCUUCCAUUACUGUUCCCAACAAGCUCGGCGACUGUCCCUUCUGUCAAAGGGUGUUGCUGACACUAGAGGAAAAGCAUCUCCCUUAUGACCUGAAGUUGGUAGACUUGGGCAACAAGCCAGAAUGGUUCUUAAAAAUUUACCCAGAAGGUAAAGUUCCUGUGGUAAAACUUGAUGAGAAGUGGGUUGCGGAUUCUGAUAUUAUUACACAAGCACUGGAAGAAAAAUACCCUGAUCCACCUCUGGCAAUGCCCCCUGAGAAGGCUUCAGUUGGAUCGAAGAUCUUCUCUACUUUUAUCGGUUUCCUUAAGAGCAAAGACGCCAAGGAUGGAACAGAAGAAGCAUUGCUAAAUGAACUUAAGUCUUUCAAUGAUUAUCUCAAAGAAAACGGUCCUUUUAUCAAUGGGAAAGUGGUUUCUGCUGCUGAUUUUUCACUUGGACCCAAGUUGUAUCAUCUAGAGAUUGCUCUGGGGCAUUUCAAAGAUUGGUCAAUUCCCGAUUCUCUUCCAUAUGUGAAGUCUUACAUGAAGAGUAUAUUCUCACUGGAUUCAUUCGUUAAAACUAGUGCCCUGAAAGAAGAUGUCAUUGCGGGUUGGCGUCCAAAAGUCUUUGGUUAAAAUGUCUUGCUGCUGUUAUCUCUAGGUAUCUAUCUAAACUUUACCUGCACUGUACCUUAAUAAAGUCAAUGGUUUCUCUAUUACUAACCUCUGUAUUGGAGGCCACAUUGUAAGAGGAGAGUAUCAGUACACUGAGUUCAUAGAUUCAGGUGGGAAAAAGAAAAAACAAAGAAAAAAAAGGUCAUGACGGGUGUAGAACAGGGAUUGUUGCGUGUAUUAUAAUUUAGGAACUCCUCACGUAAGUGUGUCUGUAGAAUUACUAAGGGGAUUGAAAUGUUAAUGCAGAUAUUGGAAUAUGUUGAUGUUUGACA